GUGAAACAUCAACAUCAUAUGCCAGCAAGGCCUCCCAGAUUAUCGCUACAAAUUUACUAAAAUCCUACAAUGACAUUGACGGCAAUCAAGUACAUUCUCCACUAGGUGUCACUACUAUGCUGGCAAUUUUAGCUGAAGCAACACAAGGUGAUACCUACGAUGAAUUCUACAAUGUGUUGGGCUACCCCAAAGAACGUGCCGCACUGAGAGACUCGUUUAAAACAAUUUUAUCCAAAUAUCAAACUAAAAUAUUGGGUGCAGAGCCUUCCUUCCAAACUUGGUUGUACAUCUAUCGCAAUUUUACAGCCAGAGAAGAUUUUAAGCAACUUGUUCAAGACAAUUAUUAUGUAGAUGUUAAGGAUAUAAGUCAUGAUGAAUAUGAUGGCUUUGAGCCUGAUGCAUUCUUAGAUUUGGAUGGCACCACCAACAAUAGCAAAGAUGUUAUUGGGUUUGAGACAUUGAAGCGUUUAAAAGUUGAUGAUGAUGAUGAUGACGAUGAUGAGAGCACUCAUGGUCUUGGCUUUACUACAGUGGGUUCGUAUACCGACAAUUAUGGUGAAGAGAUAAUAGAAAAAGAGACUUCUAAAUUUGAUCGUUUUGUGGAUGAUAAACAGUAUGUGGAAAAACCACAAAUAAUUGAAGAGAUUCAAAAAGCCCAACAACAAGAAGAGUCACAAACAGAAAAUGAUCUUAAGGCCACAACAACAGCACAACUAAAUGAAGAAGAAACUAAACAGCCUGCAAUUGAUUUGGCUGAAAAACUAGAAAAUCUUGAUGAAAAACCUGUUGCUGAUGCCAGCAGCAAUGAUGAUGAUAAUGAUGAUAUUGGUGUUCUUGAUUCUAAGGAUCAAACCAAACGUGAAGAUGAUUUGAACUUAGAAGAAAAUGAAACUGUACAAGAAAAUGAAAAAGUAUUGAAAAACUACAAAGACACUGAAGAAGCUGAUGAUGCUGUAGCGGUGGCCAAGUUAUUAAUACCCAUACAAGAAGUCUUAGAGUCCAAUGAACCUGAGAAGGUAACAUUGCCCUUGCAAAAACUGGAAACUGUUUUAGAUGAAGCCUCUAAAGGUUCACCAGCUGAAAUAAUGAUGGCUUUAGAAACGCAUGUUAGUUCAGCAAGAAGUGCUUUUGGUGGCCGCAGUCUCUUCCGCAGGGAUGAUAUCACUUCUGCAUUGAGUGCUAAUUCUAUUACAGGCCGUGAUAUUGGCUCCAAAACAAAAAUGUUACUUUUCAAUGGCCUUUACUUUAGAGGCAAUUGGGCUACUGAAUUCAGAGAACAACGUGAGAUCGAUGAAUUUUUCUUUAUGACCUCUGAAGAUGCCAUGAAAGCUCCCAUGAUGCAUGCUCGCGGUAAAUUUUAUAUGGCUGAGAUGGAGAAUUUAAAUGCUAAAAUUAUAUGUUUGCCAUAUGAGAACCAGAAAUACAGCCUGAUGAUCAUAUUACCCAACGAACUAGAGGGUCUGCACUCGGUCAUUGCUAAACUGGAACCCAGUGAUUUGAAGAUGGCCAAAAAUCUAAUGAAAGAACAAGAUCUACACAUUGUUUUACCCAAAUUCCAAGUUGAAGAAACUUCCCGAUCCGAAUCUAUGCUAAAGAGUUUGGGUUUAACCAAACUUUUCUCACGCAAUGAAGCCGACUUAAGUCUACUCUCUGAAGAUCGCGAUUUGCAUGUUGAUGAAAUUGUACAAUUUGUUAAUGUCAAAGUCGAUGAGGGAGGCAGCUCAAAUAUUGCACUUUCUGCUUCUAAUACCCAGGCUAGAGACAAUGAAUCAUUCGAGAAAAUAGAAAUUACUCAUCCAUUUGCGUACUUUGUAAUGGACUGUGAAAAAGAUUUCGUUUUGGUAUCGGGUAAAGUGCAUGCACCCGAAGUCCAGGAUGAAUUGCCCGUGGGCAUUGAAGUGGAAUUUGAAAAGGCGUAAAUAUUUAAGUUAAAUUUAAUAAUAUACAAAUAAAAAUUCUCAAGACUUGUAAUAAACAUACAUAUUUUAGGAAUAUCAUGGUCAACGAAUAAUAAUUUAGGUUUACUUUUCUAUGUAUUCUAAAUAAAUAAGUGUAACGAAAUUAAACUUUUUUAUAAAAAUCAAAAAAAAACAAUCAAAA